AUGGACGAAUUACUACAAAAUUUGCCCGAAACUACAAACAUAUUUGAGCCAUCUGCUUCUCACAAAUCGAAGGACUCCAACCUGACAAAAUUCAUCAAAUCCUCCAAGACUUCUGCAAACUUGCCCAAUGCAGCCAAAAAAACUGGCCAUUCCAAAAUCAUGACCCAAGAGAGCAAGAAUUUCACUAAUGUCUUGAAAAACCCUCAAUUUCGAACAUCUCCUUUCAGCGCUUUGAAAGAUGCUAUUGCUCAAAAUUUACAAAACCAAUAA